GCCGGGAGGGGGCCGGGCCGCCGCGACGCGGUUCCUGUCGCUGUGACAUGGGUUCCCCCUCGAUGGCGGCUGCCGCGGGAGGCCUCAGGUAACCGGCCGCGUCCCCGCGCCUCUUCCCCGCCGCCGCCAUGCCCGCCGGGGCCCCGCCGCCCAUCGCGCAGCCCUCAGAAAUAUAUUAACUUUGGACUGGAACUAAACAAUGGAACCAGAUAUUAUUCGAAUGUACUCCUCAUCCCCUCCACCGCUGGACAAUGGAGCUGAUGAUGAUGAUGAAGACGAAUUUGGAGAAUUUGGAGGAUUUUCUGGUGUGAGCACUGCUGGUGUAGCUUUUGCUGAUUUUGAUGCAGCAGACUACAGCCAUCCAAAGGAGGAAUUUAUACCCACAAAUCAUUUUAUACCCCUUCAUGAUUAUUCUGACAAUGUAGCUAGCAUUGCAACUUUCACAUCUGUUAAAAAUGUUAAAGACUGCAUUGCAGAGCUUCCUACUUCUCCUAAGGAACUUUCUGAUGCGUUAGCUACUAGUACCAGCAAAGAAAAAUCUAAGUUUAGAACUUCAGGUACUGCUUUUGAUGUAAGUUUAGAAGACGUAAACAAGAAAGGGGAACAAAGAGAGAACACUGGGAAGUCAGAGGGGUUUUCUUCUGAUGUUAGAACUGAUAUAACAGUUGAAAGCCAAGAUGAGCAAAUAGAUGCUUGUAAUGGUGAAAAACUUCCAUGUCUAGAGAUUCUAACAAAUGGAUUUGCAGCAUUGGACCCUGUAAAUCCUCAGGGAACAGAAGAUCUAGACAACAUCAGUGAUUCAAAGGGACUAAAUACUGUUAGCAGCUAUAGUACUGAGCUAAGUUUGAACUCAAUUCCUAGCUCAGGUGAAGGUUUUGCAGAUUUUGCUACAUUCUCAAACAGAAAAACAAUCAAUGUAGGGGGAACAGGGCCUACAAUAUGCACCGUUCUUAGUGAAAGAGACUCUCUGAACAUUCAGGAAAACAACAGAAUAAACAGAGCAAUUCAUACUGAAGAAGAGACUUGUACUGCAGAAGUUAGCUGUGAACAGGAUUCCUCAGCACUGGAAGGUAAUCAAUUUACUAUUUCUAGUACGUUUCAAACAACUGGAAGUUCAAUAUGCACUACUGAAAAUGGAGAAAACAAUGGAAGGAGAAAACAACGUGAUGAGGAAAAUGGCAAAGGUUUUUCUCAGCUUGAUGGUUUUUCAGGAACAGAGGACAUCAAAAUUGAUGAGGUUGAAACCUUAAGCACUGAUCUCCAAGGAGAAAACGUGGGUGAUUCUGAAGAAGUUAAGAAUGGUGGAAGCAGUGCUGAAGUUGUAGCUUGCUGCAUCACACACGAUGAUGACUUUGGUGAUUUUGGUUCAGUCAGCAGUGCGUCUUCUGCUUUCAUUAAUGCUCAAGAAUCAACAAAUGCUUCAGCUUUAGAGGGAACUUCAGAACAGCCUGCACUUGUUAGCCAACAUAAUGAUGCAUUUGGUGAAUUCAGGGACAUAAGUACUGUUUCUCAGCUGCCAGCAGAGUUGGAUCAAGCUAACCUAAAUCAGACUGCUGACACUUUAGAAUGUGAUGCUACCAGUAAAACUUCUGGCUUAGACUUCCAGCAUACUACUGAGGUAGAAAAUGGCGAUGAUAGUGAGUUUGGAGACUUUGAUUCCGUGCCAAAAUCUCAAGAUGAGAGCGUUGCUUUUCAGGACUCUGACGACUUUGCGGACUUCAGUUCAGCAGGUUGUAACCAGGCUACCGACUGGAAUGCUUUUGAAGAUGAAGAAAAGGACAGCUGUUCUUGGGCUGCCUUUGGAGAUGAGCAAGCUGGCGAGUCUCAUCACAGAAAAGAGACAUGGCAGUCGCAUAGGACAGAUACAUCUGCAAGGAGUGAUGGCCCGGUAUUGCACAAGACUGACAGUUUUGCUUCAGUGUCUUUCCAGGGAACUACCAGUAAGCAAUCUCAAGAACCAGCACCUUCAGUUCAGACAACGUUGUUAUGUCGUCUGGAACGAAUAUUUGAAGUCUGUUUUCCUUCCAUGCCUGUUCUUGAAAUUGAAAAAGAAAUAACUUCCUUGAAUCGUUUGCUGGAAGCAGGUGAAAAGCAGACAGCGACUGAGGAGACCUUAGCAAAUACUGGGGAACUGAGGGAUGUGUGGACAGAGCUGCAGGAUAUCCACGAUGCGUAUGGACUGCGAUACCAGUGGGGCGGCUCCCACAGCAACAAAAAGCUUCUGUGCUCCUUGGGAAUCGACACAAGAAAUAUUCUCUUUACAGGCAACAAGAAACAACCUGUCAUAGUACCCAUGUAUGCAGCAGGACUGGGUAUGCUUGAGCCUACCAAGGAACCUUUGAAACCAAUAUCUGCAGCAGAAAAGAUAGCUUCCAUAGGACAGACACCUCCUGUAUCACCAGAGAUGAACACAUGUGCAUCUGAUCAGUUCCAGGAAUCUCUACCACCUGUCCAGUUUGACUGGAGUAGCAGUGGCCUUACUAACCCUUUAGAUGUGUGUGUCUUACCCCUUUUUACACAUAAACCCUCCCUUGGCUUACCUUCUAUAUGGCUGCCUACCAACACGGUCACUGAAUUUCAAGCUAGUGGAGGUUCCACUCUUCUGAACCUUGAUUUCUUUGGGCCCGUGGAUGACAGUAGCUCUAACAGCACCACCACAAUCCCAGGUGUGGAUCCUGAGUUGUAUGAAUUGACAACGUCAAAACUGGAAACUUCCAAUGCAAGCAGCAGAGUGACAGAUGCAUUUGCAAGACUCAUGUCCACAGUAGAGAAAGCAAGCACGUCUACAAGGAAGCCUAAAAAGGAAGAACAUCUUAGUGAAGAGGCUGCCAAGGUGAUUUCUAGCCUUCCUGACUUAACUUUCAUGCAUGCCAAGGUGUUGAUGUUCCCAGCCACAUUAACACCUUCAACAAGCUGCCAAGAAAAGGUAGACUAAAGUGAUGUGAAUUGGACGUUUUCUAUUGAUUUUUUUUCUUCCCUCUAUGGGUCAUGAAAAGCAAUCUUGCUUUAAUUAAAACAACAACAACAAAAAAAAUCAAGUUCAGAUGAUUUGUUGGUAAGCAGCACUAGAAAGGUAUACAUAGUUAUGUAUAUUUAUUUACAUACUGAAGUCCUAAAUUUAUAUUAGAGAAAAAUGUAAAUAAUUGGGGGUAAAUCUUUUUGAAGAUCUAUUCUUUUUGUUGUGCUGGGGUGUAUACAUUUAUGUCUUUGUGAAAUACACUGGUGGUGUCCUUCUUACAAAACUUCAAAAAGUUUAAAAUAUAUAUCCUAGAAACACAUAAUGAAAAAACUUCAAUCUUCACAAUGCGUGAAGUCCCCUUUAAAAGUUUUCAGGUUGCAUUGAGUGUCUUUUUUCUUUCCUGCAUACAUUAAAAUACUUUUUGAUGGGCAAACAGAAGGUUACAUUGAGGGGUUUCAGUUGUUUUUUGAAACUUGAUCUUUUCUCUUCUGUUUUAACAAGCUUAGGAUGUGUUCUUCCUUUUCUUCUCCCCCUUUCCCUCCCUGGUUGAUUGGUUGGCUGGUAAUUUUUGUUCUUAAACUUGAGUGGUAUGGUUCUGUCACUAUGUAGCCUUUUGAAAGGUAUGCUGUCAGUAACUUUUCGUUCCAGUUACGGAUCCUUGUCUAAACACUUGAUUUUGGGGUCAUUAGGAGGUUGUCUGCUUUUAAUCAGUUUGAUUUGGAAAAGAAGGACCAAAACUAUAUGAAUGUCUUACAAUGAAAUUUAUCUGUUAAAAAUUCUUAUGUUUUGUUGUACCACUAUUUCUGUUUGAUUUUGCACAGUGUAAAAUGACAUAAUCAUAGAUUGCUAUGGUUUUAGGCUGUAUAUACAGUAAAAACUAUGGGUUGUAAAUGUUUGGGGAAAUUCCUAUGGAAAAAAGAGAGCUAUGUAGAAGAACCUCUAAAAAGGUCAAUGUGCAUGCCCAAGGUCUUUUGAGAUUUAAGUGUGUAAAUUUCCUUUUAGCUUACACAAAAUAAAAUAAUUUAAAAGAUA